AUGAACAACAAGUAUUCGGGGAAGAAAGUUGACAUAAAGGAGGUGCAAUGCUACAACUGUCAAGGACUUGGUCAUUGUGCUCGAGACUAUGGAAGAAAUAAGGAAGCAAGAACAAAAUAUAAUGAUGAGGCACAAUAUGCAUAUUCUGGAGAUAGUGAUUAUGAUGAUGUGCUAAUAAUGGCAAAUACUCAUUUGAGCAAUGAGCAAACCAACAUGUGGUACCUAGACUCAGGAUGCAACAACCACAUAACUGAUAAUAAAAUUGGGUUCACCAAGUUAGAUGAAUCAUUCAAGAGAGGGAUAAAGUUUGCAAAUGGAAGGCACGUCACAUCAGGUGGAAAAGGAAACAUAUAUGUAGUAAGAAAGGAUGGUCGAAAGGCCAGUAUCAUUGAUAUGUUGUAUGUACCUUCGAUGAUAAAUAACUUGAUAAACAUAGGUCAAUUACUUGCUAAAGGGUACAAUAUAAAGUUAGAAAAGAAGCAAAUGAAGGUGUGUGAUGGUGAUGAAAGAUUGAUUUUGAAAGCACCAUUGGGAGACAACAAGACCUUCAAAGUAGAGAUCAACUCAGUUGAUCAAAAAUGUCUUACUUUGACUGCAGAAGAAGACAAGAUUUGUCUAUGGCAUCACAUAUAUGAACAUCUAAACUUAAGAAGUUUAGGUAUGCUCAACCAAAAAAAGAUGGUGUAUGGCUUACCUCAGGUGAAGGAACCAAGUCAGAUGAAUUCACCAGAUAUGUGUUGA